CGUAGCUAACCUCAGUGGAUCAAAACCAUGGUGUAGUGGAGGUGGUUGGUAGAUUAAACAAAUACAGCAAGAAAACGAAGAUUUGGACAUGGAUGCUCUCUCUCUCUCUCUCUCUCUCUCUCUCUCACAAACGAGCUACUUAAGUAGCUAUCAGACAGUCAAUAGAGAACGUUAAAUACUGCACCAUCAUCACCCUCUUCACCAACCCACUUUGCUUGUUAAAUACUGCACCAUCAUCACCCUCUUCACUGCUCAGAAAAUUUCAUGUUUUCCUCAUUGCCCCUUGUUGUUAAUUUGUUUGUGCAGCUUGUUGGCUUCUAAUCCACUAGUUAAUUGAUCAUUUAAAUGGCACAAGAAGUUGUAAAUUCAGAUGAGGUUGUUCUUGGAGAAGAAAUAGAGCAUGUGAGGUUGAUCACCUUGAACAGGCCUCGUCAUUUGAAUGUCAUCUCAUCAAAAGUGGUUUCUUUGCUAGCAGAAUACUUGGAAAAGUGGGAAAAAGAUGAUAAAGCUGAGCUUGUAAUUAUCAAGGGAUCGGGUCGAGCUUUUUCAGCCGGUGGGGACUUGAAGAUGUUCUAUGAUGGCAGGAACUCAAAGGAUUCCUGCCUUGAAGUGGCUUACAGAAUGUAUUGGCUUGGCUAUCACAUUCAUACUUACAAGAAAACCCAGGUGGCUCUGGUCCAUGGAAUUUCAAUGGGCGGAGGCGCAUCUUUAAUGGUCCCAAUGAAAUUCUCGGUAGUCACAGAAAAAACUGUAUUUGCAACUCCGGAAGCUAGUAUUGGCUUUCAUACUGAUUGUGGUUUCUCAUAUAUACUAUCCCAUCUUCCUGGGCAUCUCGGGGAGUUCUUUGCCUUAACAGGAGCAAGACUGAAUGGUAAGGAAUUGGUUGCAGCUGGAUUGGCAACCCAUUUUGUCCCUCUUGAGAAAUUAUCUGAUCUAGAGAAGCGUUUGAUAAGCUUAAACUCUGGAGAUGAGAAUGCAGUCAAAGCUGCGAUUGAAGAAUUUGCGGUGGAAGUCCAGCCUGAUGAAGAAAGUGUUUUAAACAAGCAGUCAAUAAUUGAUGAGUGCUUCUCCAAAGAUACAGUGGCUGAGAUUAUAAAAUCAUUUGAAGUAGAGGCAACCAAAGAAGGAAAUGGAUGGAUAAGUCCAGUUCUGAAGGGCUUAAAAAGAUCAUCCCCUACAGGAUUGAGAAUAACACUAAGAUCGAUUCGUGAAGGAAGGAAGCAAACAUUGCCUGAAAGUCUGAAGAAGGAAUUUAGACUCACAAUCAAUAUACUAAGAGCCAUAAUAUCUGAGGAUGUAUAUGAGGGAAUUAGAGCUCUCACUAUUGACAAGGAUAAUGCCCCUAAGUGGAACCCACCAUCUCUUGACAAUGCGGGUGAUGAGAAGAUAGACCAAGUGUUUCAGCCGUUUGAAGAAGAUUGGGAGCUCCAGAUUCCUGAAAAGGAAGAACACAGGUGGGAUGGCAAAUAUGAGAAUUCACCUUAUGCAUCUUUGAAGGUGACUGACUAAACAAGAUGCAUUUCUGAUCAGCUGUGAGCUUGUUCCUUGAAGUAAAGUAUUGUUCUCCUAUUUCGUAUCUCUCCAAGCCGAUUUUCGUUUGUUGUUCAGAGUUUCGGUACUCAAUGUAUGCAAUUAUUUAAUUCAAGUAGUGCCUUAUGAUCAUGUGUGUCAAUCUGAAAACUUAAUGAUGUAAUAAAGUAGGCGGGUUUGGUUUUCAAGUACUGCCUAAUGUUUUCUAAUUUUG